CGCUGUGGUAAAAAAACUGAGACAGUCGCGACGGCGCGCUCGUUUCAAGCAGACGUUUACUCCGAUUUCCUCUCAGCCAAGCUACCGUUGUGUGCGCUGCGCCGCUGUUGCUAACGUUGUUGUUGUGAUACACUCUUUCCUUUGGACGCUCCCGCAAUUUUUGACGUUUUUUUUCGUGUGUUCUUUAGUGUUGAUCCAACAAGAAGAAGAAUCGAAAGCGAGAAGAAGCAAAAACAAACUGCGAUUGCAGCACAAAAGCAACGAAGAGUAAAGACGAAAAAACCCCCAGAAGAAAUCAUUUCGUUUCGAUAAAUAAGAAAAGACAGGAAGCAACAAAAUGUCUCCAAAAGCGCUAAAUGUGCGGGUCACGACAAUGGACGCGGAACUGGAGUUCGCCAUCCAGUCUACGACGACUGGCAAACAAUUGUUUGACCAGGUGGUGAAGACGAUCGGCCUGCGAGAGGUUUGGUUCUUUGGACUCCAGUACACCGACUCAAAGGGCGACUCCACAUGGAUCAAGCUGUACAAAAAGCCCGAAUCACCGGCCAUAAAGACCAUAAAGUAUUUAAAGCGUGUAAAGAAGUAUGUGGACAAAAAGACAGCCGACAGCAAUGGAGUAAAUCAGGCGGAUACGAGCGAAGAGGAUGACGACGCCGAUGAUAUGACUGGAUCAAUGCCGUUUUCGACAUGGGUUAUGAACCAGGACGUGAAGAAGGAGAAUCCCUUGCAGUUCAGAUUCCGUGCCAAAUUCUAUCCCGAGGACGUGGCCGAGGAGCUGAUCCAGGACAUCACCCUGCGCCUGUUCUACCUGCAGGUGAAGAAUGCCAUACUGACCGACGAGAUCUACUGUCCGCCGGAGACAUCCGUGCUGCUCGCCUCGUACGCCGUGCAGGCGCGUCACGGUGACCACAACAAGACCACCCACACAGCCGGCUUCCUGGCCAACGAUCGUCUGCUGCCGCAGCGCGUCAUCGACCAACACAAGAUGUCCAAGGACGAGUGGGAGCAGUCGAUCAUGACCUGGUGGCAGGAGCACCGCAGCAUGCUGCGCGAAGAUGCCAUGAUGGAGUAUCUGAAGAUCGCCCAGGAUCUGGAGAUGUACGGCGUCAACUACUUUGAGAUCCGCAACAAGAAGGGCACGGACCUCUGGCUGGGCGUGGACGCCCUGGGCCUCAACAUUUACGAGCAGGACGACAGGCUGACGCCGAAGAUCGGCUUCCCGUGGUCCGAGAUCCGCAACAUCUCCUUCUCGGAGAAGAAGUUCAUCAUCAAGCCGAUCGACAAGAAGGCGCCGGACUUUAUGUUCUUCGCGCCGCGCGUCCGCAUCAACAAGCGCAUCCUGGCCCUCUGCAUGGGCAACCACGAGCUGUACAUGCGUCGCCGCAAGCCGGACACCAUCGAUGUGCAGCAAAUGAAGGCGCAGGCGCGCGAGGAGAAGAAUGCCAAACAGCAGGAGCGUGAGAAGCUGCAGCUGGCGCUGGCCGCUCGCGAACGCGCUGAGAAGAAGCAGCAGGAGUACGAGGAUCGGCUGAAGCAGAUGCAGGAGGAUAUGGAGCGCUCGCAGCGCGACCUGCUCGAGGCCCAGGACAUGAUCCGUCGGCUGGAGGAGCAGCUGAAGCAGCUGCAGGCCGCCAAGGAUGAGCUGGAGCUGCGCCAAAAGGAGCUGCAGGCGAUGCUGCAGCGCCUCGAGGAGGCCAAGAACAUGGAGGCCGUCGAGAAGCUCAAGCUCGAGGAGGAGAUCAUGGCCAAGCAGAUGGAGGUGCAGCGCAUCCAGGACGAGGUCAAUGCCAAGGACGAGGAGACCAAGCGCCUGCAGGACGAGGUGGAGGACGCCCGACGCAAGCAGGUCAUUGCGGCCGAAGCCGCCGCCGCUCUGCUGGCCGCAUCGACCACGCCGCAGCACCACCACGUCGCCGAGGACGAGAACGAGAACGAGGAGGAGCUGACGAACGGCGAUGCCGGCGGCGAUGUGUCGCGCGACUUGGACACCGACGAGCAUAUCAAGGACCCCAUCGAGGACAGACGCACGCUGGCCGAGCGCAACGAGCGCUUGCACGAUCAGCUCAAGGCCCUGAAACAGGAUCUGGCGCAGUCGCGCGACGAGACGAAAGAGACGGCAAACGACAAGAUCCAUCGCGAGAACGUGCGCCAGGGACGUGACAAGUACAAGACGCUCCGCGAGAUCCGCAAGGGUAACACAAAGCGUCGUGUCGAUCAGUUCGAAACAUGUAAGGCUAUAGCCCUAUAGCUAUUGCGGCCAGAUCGAAAGAUCGAACGAGCGAGAGGUAUAUAGAGCGCCUGCGCGAGAGGAAGAGAGAUGGAGGGAGAUGGAGUCUCCAGAAAGAAAAAGAUAAAGAUAUAACUACAACAAGAGAAGAUAAUGAUGAUUGAUGAUUAUGAUUAUGAUGAUAAUGAUGAUGAAGAAGCAACAAAUAUAAUUCCGGUCGCUGGCAAAGCCUAUUGCUAUUAUCCCCCCAGCGACGUCCCUUUUUCCACCCACAAGAACUUCCUGCCUCCUAAAGUGAAUUGAGAAGAGAGCCACAAGUAUAAUGGAUAUACUUUGUUUGACCGCCGUUUUCCCUUUUGUCUCUGAGCUUGUAUAGAAAAAUCAAGGAAAAAUGAAAAUAUUUGAAAUGAAGAAAUUCAGCCAAACAGUCAGACACACUCAUCAAUAUAAAUAUAUAAAGUGUAUAAACGACAAAUACGGCCAGGACAAGUACCAUCUAUAAGGACAAUCAGCAAAUGAAAGGAUAAAGCUAUCGGAAAAUAUGUCAAAAUCCAAACAGAAACAAUAGAAAAUAUACAUUUCUCCUUUUCCCAAUGGAUUCAUAGAGAAAAUGGAACGAAUAGUAAUAGAUAUUGAAAAUCAACAACAACCAACAAACAACAGCAACAAAACAACAAAACAAACAGCUAUUUGCAUUUUCCCCCGUUAUAAUUAUUAUUUUUAUUAUUAUAUAAUUAAUAUUUUUUUUUAAAUUUGUAUAAUUAAAUAAGAACUUGAUUAAUUGUUUCUUAAAUUAACUUGAGAGAGAGCAACAAACAAAAAGAGAAAAAAUAUAUUACAUAAAAUAUUUUUCUUUAAUCUAUUUUUGUUUUGAAAGAAAAAUGAUUCUUAAAAAAACUGAGAAAACAAACAACAAAAAAACUAUUGUGAAAAACCAAACAAAACGUUUUUAAAUUAAACAAUAAAAAUGUAA